UUUUCAUUUUCAUUUUGUUUCCAUUUCAAGGGCACUCCUCCACUAGUUUCUUUCUCCACCGCUGAAAUCAUUUCUUUCCUCUCAACUCACUGUUGGUCUCUCUCUCUCUCUCUCUCUCUCUCUCUCAUAAACAGAGUUCAAAUUCAGUUGUGAAUUCCAUGCUCAGGAAUCCUCCGAUCGGUCUUGAAUUUUGAAUCUUCAUCUGAAAACCUCAUACAAUAUAAACAGCUAUUGGAUUUCUCUUGAAGAAACCUAAGAAAGGCUAAAACCACCGUCUAGGUCUCCCUCAUAAUGGCCCCUACACCUUCUUCCUCCAAAUUAAACCAAACCCCCUCGAUCAAGACUCCACAAUCUAAAUACCGUCUCAAUUUUACUUCAGCAAGAACCCCAAAUCCAUUUCCAUCUCCAAACCCAAAUUCAACGGUCAAAGAAACCCCUCAGGCAUACCAUCCCAUUGAAGUUAUUGGCCGGAUACGUGAUUAUCCAGACAGAAAAGAAAAACCCAAUUCAAUCUUGCAAGCAAAUCCCGAUAGCCAGACUCUCCGUGUCCGUGCUGAUAUUGGGUAUAGAGAUUUUACUCUGGAUGGAAUUUCUUUCUCUGAGGAAGAAGAUCUCGAUGCAUUUUACAAGAAGUUCGUGGAGUCUAGGAUUAAUGGUGUCAAAUUGGGGAACAAAUGCACCAUAAUGAUGUACGGGCCAACGGGUUCGGGGAAGAGCCACACCAUGUUCGGAUGCUCAAAGCAGGCUGGGAUUGUUUAUCGGUCACUAAAGGAUAUAUUGGGAGAAGGAGAAGAGGAGAGUGAAGGGAACGGUGGGAAGAAAUUGGGUAUGGUCACUUUUGUGCAAGUUACAGUUUUGGAGAUAUACAAUGAGGAAAUUUAUGAUCUUUUGUCAAGUAGUGGUGGGGGCGGAUUUGGAAUUGGAUGGCCCAAGGGUGGCAAUGGAUCCAAGGUAAGACUUGAAGUUAUGGGCAAAAAAGCCAAAAACGCUACUUUCAUAUCUGGGACUGAAGCUGGAAAAAUUUCAAAGGAGAUUCAAAUAGUGGAGAAGCGAAGAAUAGUUAAGAGUACCCUCUGCAAUGAUCGAAGUUCUAGGAGCCACUGCAUGAUAAUCCUGGAUGUCCCAACUGUGGGAGGACGGCUUAUGCUCGUCGAUAUGGCGGGCUCAGAAAAUAUAGAACAAGCAGGGCAAAACACUUUUGAAGCUAAGAUGCAGACAGCAAAAAUCAACCAAGGAAAUGUAGCAUUGAAGAGAGUAGUUGAAUCUAUUGCUAAUGGAGAUUCUCAUGUGCCCUUUAGAGAUAGCAAGUUGACUAUGCUGCUUCAGGAUUCCUUUGAGGAUGAUAAGUCGAAAAUUUUGAUGAUAUUAUGUGCAAGUCCAGACCCCAAGGAGAUACACAAGACUAUUUGUACACUUGAAUAUGGAGCAAAAGCAAAGUGUAUCAUUCGUGGUCCUCAUACACCAAAUAAGGAUAAAAUAGGCGCAGAUGAUUCUUCUGCUGUGCUCUUGGGAUCGAAGAUAGCGGCCAUGGAUCAAUUUAUAUAUAAGCUAAAAAUGGAGAACAAACAAAGAGAGAAAGAAAGAAAUGAGGCUCACAAACUCCUCAAAAAGAAAGAAGAAGAAGUGGCUGCGCUGAGAGCACUUAUUGAAGGGAAGGGAUCUGCAGCAAGUGAAGAAGAGAUCAACUUGAAGGUCAAUGAGUGCACAGGGAUGAUGAAACUUGAAUUGGAAAAGAAGUUGGAUGAGUGUCAGAGAAUGGCUGAGGAGUUUGUUGAAUUGGAGCGAAGAAGAAUGGAAGAAAGGAUACUGCAACAGCAACAGGAAGUUGAAAUGCUGAGAAAGCGGUUGGAAGAAAUUGAACUUGAGCUAUGUCAUUCCAGGGAUGAAAAGAGCCAAGAGAAUGGGUCAAGAGACAUGGAUGUAAGCAGCUUUGCCAGAAGGCUGUUGGGAGUUUAUGUUGAUGAGGAGCCAGAUAUGGUGAAAUCAAUGGAUUUGGAUAUGGGUGAUCAAGAAACAUUUGUUCCUAAUAUGAAAUGUAUAGAUGCCAUUAAAAAGUCUGACCACAUCGGCAUCCAAGGUUUGGCUAACUAUCAACAUUUAAACAAUUUGAAUCAGGUUGCUGAUCAUGAUGUUUUAGUGGAAAAAUAUGGUAGUAAAUUAUCUCUGAGCACCUUAUAUGAGGAAGAAGAAGCAGAAGAGGAGGAAGAUAAAGAGAAAGUGGAAGAUGAGGAAGUGGAGAAAGGAGUUAUAGAGGUAAAGAGGAUUGUUGGUGGGUCUACCUCUGGAAUAAAUUUUGAUGCAGGCUCUUCUCCUCAGAAAUUUGAGGCCCCUAACCCAUCUAGAGGACAUUUAGAACAAGAAAGUUAUUUGAAAGAUGGAUCAGAGGAAAGUUGCCUGAGUUCAGUGCUGCUACAAAACGAAUUUGGGAAUGUUGAUGCAGCCUCUUCAAGACGAUUAAGAAUCCAAAAUAUAUUUACACUUUGUGGCAACCACAGAGAGCUUUCUCAACAGAUUAGAAUGCCAACACCAGCAAAAAAGAUGUUCGAAGAUAGUGAUUCUCAUUCUACUCCAUUUAUUGGACAUGGAGUAGAGGAAUGUGUAAUGAAAAGCUCAGAUAAAGAAAACCUGCCCCUCCAGAAAGAUGUUGCUGCCUUGUUGGAUUCAGGGAAAAAUCUUUCUGAUACAAUGGCACUGGCUUCAAAGGAGAACUACAACCCAUUGAAAGAACAUUGUGAUGCACAGAUUGAUGUGCAUGUGAAAUGGGAAGCAUCUAAAAGAAAUAAUGGGAAGUUCAUCACCACACUUAAGGUGGUGAAGGAUGCAACACUUUCUGACCUGCGAAAGCUGAUUGAAAUCCAUCUUGGUGCAGAUAAUCGAGAAUUUUCUUUCCUUGUGCUUGGGGAUCCUACUGGAGAACCUGUUACCAGGGAGAAGGAAUCAACAGUUCAGGCGAUCAAACUCCCCAUUUGCAACAACCAAUCACACGGUUACCUUGCUUGCUUGCGACCAUUGAAUCAUCUCCCAUUAAGCCCUCUUCCAGCAACUUCCCUGGAAAACAAACUUCCAUUGAGUCAAUUGGAAAACAAGCUCCCUUUAACUGCCUUGGAAAACAAACUACCAUUCACCCAAUGUGAUGGUUUAUCGCCCAAGCUAGCUCAGCGCCUAAGUUCUACACCCUUCAUGCGAAAAUAUUAAUGUAUUCAGCUGAAGUAUACCGAGUAUAUAUGCGUUAUAUACUCUUAGCGCUUGUGCUUAAAUUGUUCAUUUGUUGAUAUGUGAAGUGAUUUUGUAAUGCAAUUAUGCAUUAGCAAGUGUGCUUUGCUGAUUGACA